AAAAAACAUAUGUUUCAGUUUUAACAUACGUUCACGACUUUAACAGAUGUUUUUGGUAAGCCUAUCAUUAGUUCUUUAGACUUUCACGUUUGCAAAGAAAAAAUAUAAUCCUUUCGCGAUAAAAGUUUAUGGCACUUGGAAUCAAUUAAUUGUGUUUGUAAUAUUUUUUAAGUAAAAAAUUCUACAUUGAUUUUCUUCAUUUCUGAAGCAAGAAAUGAGUUUUCCUCCGUCUUUACCAAACAGCAAUGCGAAUGCAACAGACAACUGCUAUGCAUAUCCACCGCCUCCAACGCCAGUUGUUAACACUAACACUACACAGGAGACUUUCAGUUACGGCAUAGUAACCAACUUUCCGCCUCCAAGGCCACCUCCCUCAACGAACGUUACCAAAAAUCUACCAAUCCAAACAAGCUUUUGCAAUCCACCACCAAUGUCAGAGCACCCUAAAAAAAGCUGCACCUCUCACCACACUUUAGUUCAUGGCACAAACGCUGAAAGUGUACAUUCCGAAUAUUACAAUUACUAUGCGACUCCUCCACCAACAUUACAUGCAACAGCAAAUUUUAAUUACGAUCCUCGUUAUAGAUAUCCUACUCCAGCUGUAAAGACCAAUGAAAAUGCUACUUAUCAACAUUAUUCUGAAAGCGCAGAUUUAGAUUAUUGGUCGGGAACUUAUGCUCAAAGUCGUCAUUACAGUUCAGACAAUGCAUAUUUUAGAGCUCGCAGGCCACGUGACAUCCCACCGCAGCAAGGCCGUUGUAGUGCCCCUUUUGGACGCCAAGGAGCUGAGAAAUAUUUCAAAUCAAGCUGUUACGCGAGGAGGGAUUUAGAUCAGGAAAAAGAACGAGAUGAUCGUAGCGUUAAACCGGAAACUGAACGCGAACGUCUGUUGAAGACCUGGCGCUCUAACUAUUGUGAAACACCCGAAGAAAUACAACGCAAAUUGAAUGAAUUAGCAGAGUUAGAUGAGCAUUCAUCUGAAAUAUGGAUCCGUUAUUCACCAGCUGAACCUUAUUACCGAAAAACUGAAACUUUGUACUCUGUGACCGCUACACCAAGGCUUCAAGAAUUAUGUAAAAUUUUUGAUGAAGCUUUAAUUCAAAGGGCCUCUCGUAUUCGAAAUGCGUUGCCACCUUAUAAACCGCCAAACCGCAAGCCUCGUAGGCGGCUAUGCAAACAUAAGUCUGAAGUUUGCUCUUCCUCUGACACAGGCUCUUCUGAUAACGACGAAUACCAAAUCGAGCAGGAUUGUUCCAUGGAAGAACUUUCUCGAAAAUUGCAGCACCCCUACCGCAUACAUCCCGAUUUAUGGCACAACGAUCCUGGAGAAAUGAACGAUGGACCCCUAUGUAGGUGUUCGGCAAAGUCGAGGCGUAUUGGCAUUCGUCACGGAAUUUAUCCAGGAGAAAACGGCUACCCAAAAUGUGAUUUGAAUUCUAACAACGCCAAGCAAUUGUAUCACUACCGGAUCACCAUUUCACCUCCUACCAACUUUCUCACGAAGACCCCAACGAUCAUCAAGCAUGACGAACACGAAUUUCUAUUCGAAGGCUUUUCACUUUUCUCCCACUUUCCUCUAGUCGACUUGCCCACAUGUAAAGUGAUUCGAUUCAACAUUGAAUAUACGAUACUUUAUAUCCCCGAAAGAAUGCCCGAAAACUUUACCAUACGUGAGCUGGAUUUGUUUUUCAAAUAUCUGUUUCAUGAGCUGUUAGAAUUGGUCGAUUUUUCUUUAUUGCCCAAAUUGUCAACUUUAGCAGAAGUAGAAACAAGUUGUCCGGCAUUUCACUUUAUGCCCCGCUUUGUACGUGACUUACCUGACAAUGGUAAAGAAGUUCUAGCGAUGUGUGAAGUGCUCAGGUACUUGCUCGAUAACGCAGGUCCUUUGGUGGACGACAGACGUUUACGUUGUUUGAAUUCAAUCUCGCAGCAUGAAUGGCAAGAUUAUGUUGAUGAUUUUAGAGGGAUGUUGGUGACUAAACCGGGUUACAAACCCUGCUCCGUGCGAGUUGAUCAGCUAGAUCGAAAUGUCAGCGACUUGCCGGAAUGUCGCGAUACGGAAAGCGGUUUAACUCAUCCAGCUAUUGUACAUUUUGGCAUACGACCGCCACAGCUUAGCUACGCUGGUAAUCCAGAGUACCAAAAAGCGUGGAGGGAAUAUGUGAAAUUUCGUCAUUUAAUGGCGAACAUGUCCAAGCCAUCAUUCAAAGAUAAACGCAAACUUGAAGAAAAAGAGGCCCGGCUCCAAGAAAUGCGAACGCAGGGAAGGAUGAAACGCAAUGUCACGGUUGCGGUUAACUCGAAAGGCUAUCAUCGUACUGGUAUAAUGUGCGAUAUUGUACAGCAUGCGUUAUUCGCCCCAGUUUUAACAGGCCAUUUAAGAUUUCAUAAGUCAUUGGAUUUAUUAGAGAAAACUAUCGCUUAUAAAUUCAAAAACCGAUAUUUAUUGCAGCUGGCAUUGACGCAUCCCUCAUACAAGGAAAACUAUGGAACUAAUCCGGAUCACGCUCGUAAUUCUCUAACAAAUUGCGGUAUUCGUCAGCCAGAGUACGGCGAUCGGAAAAUUCAUUAUAUGAAUACGCGUAAAAGAGGUAUAAAUACCUUGAUUAACAUAAUGUCACGUUUUGGAAAAGAAUACGAAACGAUGUCCAAUAUCACGCACAAUGAACGGUUAGAGUUUCUGGGUGAUGCUGUUGUAGAAUUUCUUAGUUCUAUUCAUCUAUUUUUUAUGUUUCCUGAACUCGAGGAAGGAGGUUUGGCUACCUACAGAGCGGCAAUUGUUCAAAACCAACAUUUAGCUUUACUAGCAAAGAAAUUACACCUUGAAGAAUAUAUGCUAUAUGCUCAUGGAUCAGAUUUAUGCCAUGAACUCGAGCUUCGUCAUGCUAUGGCAAAUUGUUUUGAGGCAUUGAUGGGGGCUCUGCUCCUAGAUGGUGGCAUAUCAAUUGCAGACGAAGUGUUUAUGAAUGCACUUUUCAUGGAGAACAAUCAGCUUCGUGAGAUCUGGAAAAACUAUCCUGAGCAUCCAUUGCAAGAGCAAGAACCUCUCGGUGAUCGCGCGUAUAUAGCAUCUUAUCCAGUCCUACAAGAACUAACCAAAUUCGAAGACUCUAUUGGAAUUAAAUUCAAGCAUAUUCGAUUGUUAGCGAGAGCGUUUACAGAUCGUUCGAUUGGGUUCACUCACUUAACACUUGGUUCAAACCAACGUUUAGAAUUUCUUGGAGACACUGUUCUUCAGCUAAUUUGUUCAGAGUAUUUAUAUAGACACUUCCCCGAACAUCACGAAGGUCAUUUGUCUUUAUUACGUUCCUCUCUCGUCAACAAUCGCACUCAAGCUGUAGUUUGCGAUGAUUUAGGCAUGACGACAUACGCCGUUUAUUCAAACCCAAAAGCAGAGCUCAAAACCAAGGAUAGAGCUGAUCUUCUGGAAGCAUUUCUGGGUGCUUUGUACGUAGACAAGGGUUUGCUUUAUUGCGAGCAAUUCUGUCACGUUUGCCUUUUUCCCCGUUUACAAAUUUUUAUUAUGAAUCAAGAUUGGAACGACCCAAAAUCGAAAUUACAACAGUGUUGUCUAACUUUGCGAACCAUGGACGGUGGCGAGCCUGAUAUACCUAUUUACAAAGUGAUAGAAUCUUCAGGGCCGACGAAUACAAGAGUCUACACAGUAGCUGUCUAUUUUCGAAAUAAACGCUUGGCCACUGCCACCGGUUCGUCCAUACAGCAGGCAGAAAUGAAUGCUGCUAAGCAAGCUUUAGAAAAUUCCCGGGAUCUGUUCCCGCAGUUGGAUCAUCAAAAAAGAGUUAUAGCAAAAAGUAUUAAAAAGCAGACAGGAGGCGAGUUGUGCUUGGAAGUUGAGCGAUCCAAAAAAGUCAAAAUUCGAAAGUCUUCAAACAUUAAUCCGAUGGAAGAUGAAUCGCAUUUGCCGAAGCAAUAUCGUUUACGAGAAGAUAUUUCCAGUGAUGAACUACCAGAAGACAAUGAUAUCGACGUCGAAGAAAACGACGGCAAGUAUUGUUUCGGGAUCUUCUCGACAAAAGCGUUGUCCGAUUCCGAAAGUGUUUCAUCCCUUGCAAGUGUCGAUAUACCUAAAAAAAAACCGAAGUAUUCAUCUGAACCUUUUAAGCCUACCGUUGGGAAAACCUCGCAAAAUAUACAAAAAGUGGACAUAUGCGAAGAUGUAAGUAGCGACGAAGAGGUUUUUGGAACGUCAAAAUCCUCUACGGUUGUGCUUCUUCCCAAGCCGAAUAGCAGCUCUCCGUUGUUGAAAACAUCAGCAAUGACACAAGGAAUGCAAAACUGCACUCUUACCGAUCUGAAAGAUCUUGUUGAAGACAUAUCCUCGUCAUCUGACUUGGAACCUGGAGAAUUAUGCAACUGAUUAUAAUUAAUCAAGA